CUAGUAUUAACUCCGCCCAUCUUCCCCGAAAUCAGGAUAUUUGGAGAGAGAAGGAAAGUAACACGAUGGUGCUACAUUGUAUGAAUUUUAGGAACAUAACUUGUAUUUAAUUCUGAGCAACACCGAUGAAAGCGACGUAUAUAUUUUUCCUUAAAGAACUCAGAUAGGAUGGCGUCACAGGAAGGGGGGGAGCCGCCUCCUAACGGCAGCCAAUCAGACAGCCGGUUGAAGAGCAAGAAGCCGCCCAGCCUGGUCAUAGCCAUCCCUGCGCCAGAGGAAGAAGAGAGGGUUGAAGAGGGAGAUGAAACGGUCAAGCAGCCCCUGCGUUCGUCCCUGAAGAAGAGUGAGAGCCAGCAGCAGGCCAGUCCUCUGUCUGACAGUGGUGCUGAUGGUGGUGGUGGUGGUGGUCACUCUGUUGGGGACAGGAGGGCAGCCUUCCACAGACAGACCUCCCUGUCUCAGAGCAUACGCAAGAGUACAGCCCAAGUUACAGCCCAAGCAGCUGGUUGGUUCGGGGUGGGUGAGGACUGUGAGACCAAGCAGCAGCUAUGGCAGAGGAAGAGCCUGCGCCACUGCAGCCAGCGCUACGGCAAGCUCAAGGCCCAGUACAGAGAGCCGGAGCUCCCCAUCAGCAUGGACCAGGGCCUGGACUCACCCGCUGCAAACAAGAUUCCCAAGAUUGUGGACCCCCUAGCGCGGGGGCGAGCGUUCCGCUACCCGGAUGAGACGGACCGACCUCCCCACACGGGACCUGUCACCCCGCGGUUCUCCUCCCAGCGGUCCAGGGGCUACGCCCACCUGCCCCGGCGCAAGAGGGAGUCUGUCGCCCGCAUGAGUAUACGAGCAGCGUCCAACCUACUCAGGGGUCGUUCAGGUCCAGUGGGCUCCCAGACAAGUCGUAGUUUCCGCCGGCGGAGCUUCGCCCGGCCCAGCUUGCUGGAUGAGGAUACUGUGGACUUGGCAGACACUCACGAGUCUGUCUUCUUCAGCAAGGUGGAUGCCCAUGAUGAGUUGUACUCCAUGGCUGAUGAUGUGUUCGAGUCUCCCCCUCUCUGUGUGUCUUUCUUUCUGCCCCCCCCCCCCAUUAGGGAUGUGUCUAAAACCCCCACCAUGCAUAUUGAGAAGGCCAGGUCACAGCAGCGGGGGCGUCGUAUCGCCUCCCAGGUCAAGCACUUUGCCUUUGACAAGCCCAAGCGGCAGUAUGGCAUGGGCGUGGUGGGAAACUGGCUCAACCGUCACUACCGCCGCAGCAUCAGCAGCCAGGUGCAGAAACAGCUGGACGACUUCAGCAGCCACAGACCGUACUUCACCUACUGGAUCACCUUUGUCCACGUGGUCAUCACCAUCCUGGCCUGUGCUACCUAUGGCUUUGCCCCUGUGGGGUUCGCCCAACACUCCACCACUGAACUGGUGUUGAAGAACAAGGGCAUCUAUGAGAGUGUCAAGUUCAUCCAGCAGGAGAACUUCUGGAUCGGCCCCGGCUCUGAGGACCUAAUCCACCUUGGGGCCAAGUUCUCCCCGUGUAUCCGCAAGGACAGCCAGAUAGUCAGUCUCAUCCAGAAAGCCAAGGACCAGGAGAGAGAGUCAGGCUGCUGUGUACAGAACGACAACUCGGGCUGUGUCCAGACCCUCAGCAACGACUGCUCGGAGUCAUUGGCCACCUUCAUGAAAUGGAGGAAUGAAUAUGUGGACAUUCUGAGGUCAUCAGGCUCUGUGUGCCACCAGGACCCCAGGACCUGUGAAGAGCCCGCCUCAGCAGAGCCUCACAUCUGGCCCGAUGACAUCACACAUUGGCCGAUCUGUACCUCCCCACGCAAGACGAACCUGACAGGCUACAGACACAUGGACUGUAACCUCAAGGGACGACCCUGCUGCAUAGGCACUAAGGGCCGGUGUGAGAUCACUACGAGAGAGUACUGCUCCUUCAUGCACGGUUACUUCCACGAGGAGGCCACCCUCUGCUCCCAGAUCCACUGUCUGGAUGAGGUGUGUGGCCUCCUGCCCUUCCUCAACCCUGACGUCCCUGACCAGGUCUACAGGCUGUGGCUCUCCUUGUUCCUACACGCAGGCCUCCUCCACUGCCUGGUGUCAGUAGUGUUCCAGAUGACUAUCCUAAGAGACCUGGAGAAGCUGGCUGGCUGGGUCCGCAUCUCCAUCGUCUACGUCCUCUCUGGCAUCACCGGCAACCUGGCCAGCGCCCUCUUCCUCCCCUACAGAGCUGAGGUUGGCCCAGCUGGCUCCCAGUUCGGGCUGCUUGCCUGCCUGUUUGUGGAACUCAUCCAGGGCUGGCAGAUGCUGGAGAAGCCGUGGAAGGCCUUCCUCAAGCUGGUGGGCAUCGUCUUCUUCCUGUUCCUGUGUGGCUUGCUGCCCUGGAUCGACAACAUUGCCCACAUCUUCGGCUUCCUCAGCGGCCUACUGCUCUCCUUUGCCUUCCUGCCCUACGUGACGUUCGGCGACUUCGACAAGUACCGAAAGCGGGUCCUCAUCCUGCUAUCGCUGCUGGUCUACCUGGGCCUGCUCUCCUCGCUGGUCGUCUGGUUCUAUAUCUACCCCAUCAACUGGCACUGGCUGGAGCACCUCACCUGCCUGCCCUUCACCAGCAAGUUCUGCGAGAAGUAUGACAUCGACCAUGUGGUGCACUAGGCUAGCACUCACUAAAGCACUAGCGGUUAAUGCUAGCUGGCUUUAAAGCCUGGACAUUCACCGAAAUUCUAACAGCUAAUGCGAGGCUUUAGAUCCUGGACAGGAAGUGCAGUGGAAAAUACUUUUAAGGGAAACAGAACUUGAAAGGGAGAGCGCACCUGGUUCGUAUGCUCGUAAGCACCUAGGGUAUCUACGCACAUUGACUUCAACACUGUAAAGCUAUGCUAGUUACUCUGGAGAGAGCGACUCAGUCUGAGCGUGGUGUUAAAGUGGACUUGGAAGACUACAGAGGACAUCCGACCCUAUCGGUUCAUAAACUGUCACGUUAAUACUACAGAGGCCUCUUAUGUGUUACCUUUUGUACUCAUUUUCUACAACACUAGAGGUAUCUAACACUACGUGAUAUAGCAUUUCAUUAUGUUCAGAUACUUUGAAUUAGCUGUUCAUGUGAGCAUUUAAUUAUGGUAUUGAAUACAAGUCAUUCAGUCUGCCACUGGCUGAAGCAUUGUUUCAACUUGAACCUAGUUUUGUGUGCUUUUCAUUACUUUUCCAUGGCACUAUUUUGGGGACCAGUUAAGAGUUAAGAAUUUCUUCCAAUAGCAGUUGCCUAUCACAUCGAAUUAUACUGUACAGACAGUUUCAAUAGAAUGGUGUUAUUGUAUCUGUAAAUGAUGGUGUGACCUUCCAAAUCCUGCCUUCCAUUCUGCCUAGGUUAUUUGUAUCAACUGCCACAGGUGCUAGAUAAAUAUACAUCUAACUCAUUCCAAUUUGAACUGUGUCACUACCCCAAAGACAAGCUGUUUGUCCUACGGAAGGCUUUUCAGUUUAAGGGCACUACUAAUUAAACACGUUGACUUGUUCUGGCCAUAAUUGUGCCAUAUCACUGGACAUUGUGUUUUAUAGCUUUGAUACUCAAACAUUAAUUACACGUAAUAUCGUAAGAUUAUAGGAUCUGACUGACAGACCAGAAGGCAGUAUGUGAUCGGAUUGCUCAAACUAGAAAGUCCAUGUUGUUUCACUUCAAACUACGAUGUGCCUGCACUACAUCUCUACGGUAAUAUAUAUAUUAGUAAUUAUAGCACUUGAGUGAUAUCAGAGCAAAUUACCACUUAUCAAUGUGUUGUGUAUAUAUUUCAAAGCCGAACGAGAAUCUGUGUACUGCGUGCCUUGAUCAAUGGCCAUUGAUUCACGAAAGGCUGCUAGUCACUCUUGCCAUUACUGAUAUCAAAAUGGCCAACAGUUUCUGCCAUCCUGGCCUGGUCCUGGUCUCUUGGAUUAUGACCCCCUCCUCUGGCAGGUGUCCACUCUUCACUGCUUAGGAUGUUUCCUGAGAGGUGGAUUUACUAUGCUUUGUUAAGUCACUUUACUCACCAGCAGUCAACUGGUGGUCGUUAAUGGCCGACUAUGUCUUCAUAGUGGUUUUGGUUGGACGAUCGUUGAGUACUGUUUCACGUUGUUUUGUCAUGUGGGCAUUUAAAUGGUUUGCUAGGAAUCUGUCCCUCCCUUUUCUUUUUAUGUGAACACUUUAGCACAGUCUGGUCCUCUUCAUAGGAAUUCACAGUGCCUUCUGAAAUGUGUGUAAGCCUUAAAUUUGAGUGUCUGUAAAUCGGCAAGCAUAAAUGCAUAAAUAUGUAAAUGCAUUUGGACCAAAUUGAUUAGUUAUUUAUUGGAUUAAAAAAAAUACUUUAGAAUUUGCUCUUUUACUGAGAUAUUGUGAUAUAUUAUUGCUGCAGUUUAAGAUGUUACACUUACGUGUAUGUACAAAUUCAGACGAUGUUGUUAAAAAUAAAUGUACAUUUAAUCAUG